AUGGGUGGGAGACGUCAACAUGGCUCAUCAGCAGAAUUAACAGCUAAUUUAGUAACAGAUAAAAUACGUCAAAUAUCAACAACAAAUACUGGUCAAACCACAAGUUUCAGUAUUCCAUAUGCAGCUACAACUGUGUCUGCAAUAAAGAAUCAAACUCGUGAACCAGUUCAUCGGUUAGAAAAACGUCUAUUACAUUAUUUACAUAAAUGUACUCAACAUGUUAAAAAGUUAGCUGAAAAUCGUAUGCAAUUAGCUAAAGCACAAAUGGAAGAAUAUAAAGCUUUAGAAGAUUUUCAACAAGUAGCGACACCAAUUCAUUGGAAUAUUCAUUUAACACUAAAAUCUAAAAUAAAAACGUGGUCAACAAAAAAUAAAAAUUAUCGAAGCAUUACAAAACGUAUUGAAUUAGAUUUACCACCUAAAUUUAUUUCAAAAAUUGAUUUUAGGAUAUCAAAUAUAAUAUUACGAAAAUCGGAUAAAUCAAAAGUAUUCCAUUUAGGUAAAUUAGAAGAUUAUCGUAAAAAAUCAGAAGAAUAUAUGGAUAAAACUCAAGCAUAUAAAUGUCUUGGAAAAGAAGAUUCAUUACUCGAUUUAAUUAAACGAACAAAUAAAUAUUUAUUAGAUUUAAGAUUAGCUAAAUGGAUUACUCAAAAACAAUAUGAAUUAUUAAGUAUAAAACCAAAUGAAGUUGAACUUGCACAUUUAUAUUCCCUAGGCGAACUUCUUUUUUCAUGCACUUGA